GGCGGUGAGCGGUGGGAUGUGUGCUGCUGCAGGGAGCCAAGCACAUCCACCCGUUCCCCUUGCAGCCAGGCACUGCCUGGCACCCAUCGGCUCACCCGAGGGUGCUGGGCAAGGAAGGGCAUCCUGCCUCUUGGAGAACCCCGGCACGAGAGGUCGAAGAGCCCUUGCCACCUUGCCGUCCAUGGGCUACUGGAGGGGCUCCAGCAUCCUGCUGGCCUGUCUACUUCUCCUGCACCCGCUGCCCUCGACAGCCUGCCCCGCCGUGUGCCGCUGCUCCUCGGGGGAGGUUGACUGCAGCGAGCGUGCCCUCCGUGAGGUGCCGCAGAGCCUGGCAACCAACACCAGCGCCCUGUGGCUCGACUACAACUUCAUCACCAUGCUGGGGCCACGCUCCUUCCCUCCCCUGCCGGAGCUGCUGCGGCUCAGUCUGCCCUACAACCGUCUAGGGCUGAUCCACAGCCAGGCACUGGUGGGGCUCGGGGUGUUGCAGGAGCUGGACCUCAGCAACAACUACCUAAUCGUGCUGACCCCCGAAACCUUCCUGCCCCUCACCAGCCUGACCACGCUCAACCUGGGCAGCAACAGGCUGGGGAAGCUGGAGCCGGGGGUGCUUCUUGCCCUGCCCCAGCUCCAAGCUGUCCUCCUGCAGGACAACCCCUGGGUGUGCAGCUGCAGCAUCCUGCCCCUCUGGCGCUGGCUUAGCCACAACAGGGAAAAAGUUCAAGAGCAGAGUUCACUCCUCUGCAGGGUCCCAGAGCAGCUGAACAAGCAUCCAAUCUUGGACUUUGGGAAUGAGUCCUUCAGGCAAUGCCAGGAGACCUCACUGCCCGCCCAGCACUACAUUGCUUUCUUCAUCAUUGGACCAUUCUCCUUCAUGGCCAGCAUCUUCAUCUGCACCUUCAUGGGCUCCACCACAGUGAUUUACCACAACCUGCGCAGGGACCCCCACUUCUGGAGGAGAUCCCACAUCUGCAGUGGCCGUUGAGGCAGAGCGAUCAGGCUUUAGCCUUGGGCAGGCUAUGGUCCAUGCCCUUCUAUAACUACCAGCACACUCUGUGGCAAACGUUUCUCUGUGGACCAGUGAGAAGAUACUUCAUGCCUGGAAAUCACUUUUCUUCCUCCUCCCAGAGUCCCCAGCGAUGAUGCCAAGCUCCCUCUCUCCUGCUCCUGGGGGCAGCAGCCUCCAGCUCAGCCCCGCUGCAGGCAUGGUCAGAUCACAGCAGCUCUGUGUCUUUUGGGAGGCUCCUCGAGGCCACCCUCAGCCCUGCACACCCCCUUCCCGGGGUGGGGGCCAGGUGAUCUCUCUCCUCCAUCUCACCCUGUCCUGCCCCUUCUUCUGCCCAAGGCCCUCAGUGUGCUUUUCAGGAUUGAACUCUGUCUCUGUGUGCUUUUUGGUGCAUCCUGGGAGAUCCUGCGUGCAUCAGAGGACACACCACAUACCUCUGAGUGCUUUUCAGUGCACCCCAGGAGCCUUCAUUUGCAUUUUGGUGCAGGCCAGCAGCCUCUGAAUGCCUUUCAGUUUGCCCCAAAGCCCUCCUUGGACCUUUCGGUGCCCCCAGCACUCCCCACUCACCAGUCAGUGACUCCAGCAUCUUCAAUGUCCCUUUCCAUGCCCUUAAGACCCCUUAGCUUGGCUUUUCAUGCAUCCAAAUGCCAUCCAUUUGUCUUUGUGCAUCCAGACAGGCAUUAGUUUGUUUUUUGGUGCAUCCCAGAGCUCUCUGUGUGCCUUUUGGUGCACCUGAAGAUCUUUGGAUGCCUUUGGGCACUCCAGAGCCUCCAUGGGAUGCUCAGAAAGCCUAAGACCCCUCUGUGUGCUGCCCGAGGACAAGACAGUCUACAAAAUGUUCCUUUUACAGUUUUUUCUCCCCUCGAGACAGGGCUGCUGGCGCUGAGAAGGCUCAGCCAACAGCCAAGAUCUACAUUGAGGCUGAGGUUUCAGGUGAGGUUGGAGAGAAACAAAGCCUUGAGCUCCCACUUAUGUGGUUCAGCAAAGGGGCUGCCAAAGGAUGGGUGAGGGUGCACAGCGAUUCCGCCCCCGGUAGGUUUUCCCCUAGGCUAUAGCUUAUCCCAGGCUGAAGUCUGGGGUUACCUCAAUGAUGGAAGAGGAAAUAAAAUAAGCCCGUGUGGAUUUACACAACAGAGACUUCAGCCUUUGCUGCUGCCUCCCCUCCCACCACCCACAAACCUUGGCUGGGGCUGUUCCUGCACCUUCGUGUGGUUCUGCCUCCUGCCCUUCCCUGUGGAAAUGCUUCUCCACAGCAUUGCUUGGAAAUGCUCAGUGAAUGUGCCGGGAGAUGGCAUGGAAGGAGGUGGAGCUGUACUUCCAGAGGUGAUGGAACAAUUUUCUCCAGGUUGAGCAACAAGCCCUUUCAGGAAUGAGUUCUUACCCACUGCAAAGCAAUAACAGAUUUGAGAUGACUGUGGCCAUCAGCCUCCCCCUUCGCUCGAUCUCCUGCCUGUGCAAGAGCUGCAGGACAAGCCAGGGAUGCAGCUGGAGUCAAUGCAUCCUUCAGGAAGCUCUUGGCAAGGGUGAAAUAAAACAUGCAGAGAAUAAACCAAAUGUCACCUCCAUUGUGGCUUGCUCCCAUUUUUAUUGUCGAGAGAGAAACCAGCCCUGUGUGCUGCCACACUGCUCAAUUCUCACUCAGCUCUUCCUGAGGUGCCUCUUCCCAACAGGUAGCUGGUAAAAGCAGCAGAUCCUUAAGCACUACCAGCUCUGCACCCGGAAUGGCUGCAGAACCUCUGCCAGGAUCAGUCCCUUGCAUGGUGCCCUUCCCAGGAGCAAUGCCAGCCUUCUCUAGUGACAGCACUCAGUCCUCCUGGAGAAGGCCUGGGCUUCUCAUUUUCAGUUAGGACCUCGCUCAUCAUCCUGUGUGGGCACGUGAGCCCUGCUCCUCCUCUUUGAUUGUCCUGGGGCUGAGACUCCUGUGGAGGUUGGGUGGGUGGUCUCAGCACGUGAGGAGCAUGCUGUGAACGAGAUGCUGCUUCAGCUCAGCCUAGGUGAGCUGUGUUCCAAGAAUCCCUCAGGACACCUUCCCUCUGGAUGGCUGAUGUGCAGAGACUUCCCAGAUGCCUUCCUCUCUGCAAUCGGUCCUCUGUCCCCAGUGGCCAUGCCCCACGCUGGCUCCCAGGAGCUGGGGCACACUUCAGUGACGGCGGACUGUUCUCCCCUGGAUGGAGAUGGCUGAGAGCCAACUGGCUUGAUGCUACCAUUUGAACAGGUUUGGGCUGUCCCCAGCCCCUGCUGCCCCUCCUGUCCCCCACC